GCCAGGGGAGCGGUGGCCACAGCAGCGAGUGACAGCCAGUGCACAAGGCUGGGGACACCGGGAUGGCCGGGAAGGUGGCGCUGCUCCUGUGGGCCCAGACACUCGGCUUUGCUGGCACUCAGACCACCUGGAUCAUCGUGGAGCCCCCCUGGAUGCCAGCAGUUCUGUGGGACCGGGUGACACUGACCUGCCAGGGCUCGGGGACCUCCAGUGCCACCACAUGGUACAAGGAUGGGCAGCGCUGGGGACAGCAGGGACAUGACCGCCUCACUGUCACUGAGAAUGGCACCUAUGAGUGUAACAGAACCGGCACUGGGCUCAGCCUCCCCGUGAGAGUCUCUGAUGACUGGCUGGUGCUGCAGGUGCCGGCACGGCCACUGCUGGAGGGGGACACGGUGACACUGCGCUGCCGGGCCCGGCGGAACAACCUGGGCACCUGGGUGUCCUUCUACCAUGAAGAGAAGCUGUUGGUGGAGCUCCGAAAUGGGACAGAGCUGACCCUGUUCCCUCUCCAGCUGCACCACAGUGGGCGCUACCGCUGCAGGGGCUGGCUGAAAGACAGGGAGUGGGUGGUGUCCGCGCCGGUGACAGUGACAGUGCAUGGUGAGAACCCCACAGCUUCCACCCCAACACCCCCACAGCCCUUCCCCAAGGACUUGGGGUCACUGUCCCCACUGCCUCCAAUCUCCUGCCCCGAGCUCCUCCCAGUGCAGGUGCUGGAGGGUCCCCCCGAGCCAUCCUUCACCUCCCCCUGA